AUGGGGUUCCGCAUUAUAGGUGACCUGCAUGACCGGUACUGGACAUGCUAUGUGUUUUACGAUUUUGGAAGCCAAGAACUUACCACGGAUGCUUGGACUCGAGUGGAACGGAUCGAGUCUUGUAAGACUCCGAGCCAAAGAAAGUGUCUUGAGGGGUUUCUUGUGCGCCAGGCUCUCGAUCUAGUCCUUUCACAGACCAAGACUAUCCUCGAUACUAUCAAUAAGUCUAUGGGGGAAGACAAUCAGAAGUCGCAAGAACUUUUCAGCCCGUUACUGACGGGAGAUGACCUCAGAGGGGAGAACUAUUUCAAAACCAUGAACAAGAAUAGUGUAUUCUAUCCAUGGCUGCUUGAUGUUUAUAGUGCUCUGCGAGAUAAGUGUAAUGCGAGUCGUAAAAUUGCAGCUAUGUGGAUAUCAGCAGAAUAUGGACGAAAGUAUAAACCUCGGUGGUCCGAAAAGGACCAAAAGCGCUUUGGAAACGAGGUUGCUCAGUACCGAGCGAAUGUAAGAGCGCGUUGUGCAAGGUUGGAGAAAAUGGCGGAUGACAUACAGGAGCGGAUCGACCGGAUUAAGACCCUUAAGGAAUCUCUGUCUAGCGAGCUAGCGCUCCGAGAAGCGAGGACCUCCACACAACUUGCGCACACAGUGAACCUUUUUGCUGUUGUUACAGCUAUUUAUUUACCCUUAACGUUCUCUACCAGUAUUGUUGCCAUACAAGACUUCCAUUGGCCAUCUCCGGCAAAAGCUCUCGUCAGAAUCGCUCUCGCCGUCACCCUUGGCACCAUAAUCCUCCUUAUGAAUCUCGCCUUCCUCCGCCGCAACCUUGCAGCCCUGAAAAGAUGGGCCCAACGCUCAAUCCGCAAGCGAAUGGCAGGAGCCUCCAAACCCAAAACGUCUAGCAAGGGACCCGUCUACCAAGAUAAGCGGCCAGCCUGGAAAUAUUGGAAAAAGAGGGCCCGCAGCUUACACGAAGCGGAAAAACGCAGCGCGUUGCUCACCGACAAUGAUAUUCACGACAAGGAGAGCGACUGGUGGUACUGGUACUUCAUGGCGAUAUACAUCGCCGUCGUGGUUCCCGUACAAGAGCUAACCUUCAUAAUCCGCACGCUCCGAGGGCAAAGGAUCAAGAAUGCUGGUCCCUUGAAGAAGUUUAUGAGGCUUCCCUGGGCCCCCAUAUGGGCCCUGCAACUGGCGCUCGUGUACGUGGUCAUGCUCGCCGGGUAUGCCGUUCUCUCCUUGGCGAGAUUUGUGCAUCACACGGCGGUCUGGCUGUGGACUGGGAAUGACACCGUCGAGGGUAAGAAGGCCGCGCCGGAGGAGGUUGAGAAGAGUUUGAUGGCAGAUCUGGAGGGGGAUGAAGAGAGUUCAGAGCCCGAGCCGGAUAGCACGCAGCAAGACGGGGGGCUGGGUGGCUGGUUGAUGAAACCGGCGAAGAAGAUGAUGCUCCCCAUCGUCAAAGAGGCUCUCCAGCCCAAGAAGAAGAAAAAGGAACCCGACCCGGAGAGCCAGGGCACUGCUGUGGAAGAUUUGGAUACCCCUUCCUCUACUUAGGAAAUGAGUUGUUGAAAGUCUGGAGAAGGAGGGGUUUAGUAUCCUGAAUCCACUUGUAUUGUAGUGGGACAAGAGCCGCCGGCCUCGUCCACACCUAACAGUUGAAGGGGGCAGGUGAUCGGGCAUUAUUUAUAUGGACCAGUCAGGAGUUCUUGACAGCAAGUGGUUUCUAUGCUAUCUGUUUUUGGGAGAUGUAGGAGUAUACGAGUGAUACCUUAUGAUAUACAAAUUAAUAAUUCUUACCUCA